AGGUCGAGGAGACGCAGCAGGACUCUUGUUCGCAGCGUUCCGAUGGCGAAACAUCAGCGCUGGUGUUGGUGCGGUCGCUCCUAGAGGAAAAGCAAUCACUUCUUUCCGCUCUGCUCCAGGCAGGACUCAUUUUUCCACCACCACGAUGUGGGACGCGCGCGUGUCCGCGGAGUGCUCCCUCUCCGUCCAGUCGCGGCCGCUCCACUGAAGGGGGAUCCCGGCUCCCUGUCCAUCCUCUUCUCCCUUUGGAACGAGAGGAGUUUGCAUGCAAAAGGUGGUUUGUCGCGGCAAGCCAUGGAGGGACUUGCCUAAAGAGGACCCAACAUAGCUUAAAAGUUUUGGACUUUUUAACCCCCCCUUCCCCUUUCUUUUUUAUUUUUUUAUUUUAUUUUUUGUGAGUCAUCUCUCCAGAAGUCUCUUUUUCCAUCAUCAUGGCUGAGAAGCUUGGACCAUCUGGGCCCAAGCCCACGACUGUGCGAGCUGCACCUUCACUACCCCCUGAACCCAUCGACAUCAUCCGCACCAAGGCCCGUUCCCGCAGAGUCCGCCUUAACGUCGGGGGUCUGAACCACGAGGUCCUCUGGCGGACCCUGGACCGGUUACCGAGGACGAGACUGGGGAAGAUGCGAGACUGCAACACCCACGAGUCCCUGAUGGAGAUCUGUGACGACUACAGCCUGAACGAGAACGAAUACUUCUUCGACAGGCACCCGGGGGCCUUCACCUCCAUUCUGAACUUUUACCGCACGGGCAAGCUGCACAUGAUGGAGGAGAUGUGCGCCCUUUCCUUUGGCCAGGAGUUGGACUAUUGGGGGAUUGACGAGAUCUACCUGGAGUCCUGCUGCCAGGCUCGUUACCACCAGAAGAAAGAGCAGAUGAACGAGGAGCUGCGCAGGGAGGCAGAGACGCUGAGGGAGAGGGAGGGAGAGAUAGAGUUUGAUAACACCUGCUGCCCGGACAAGAGGAAGAAACUGUGGGAUCUCCUGGAGAAGCCCAGCUCAUCGGUAGCUGCCAAGAUUCUAGCCAUCAUAUCAAUUCUGUUUAUCGUCCUCUCCACCAUCGCCCUGUCGCUGAACACGUUACCCGAGCUCCAGGUCAUGGACGAGUUUGGCCAGGCCAAUGACAACCCCCAGCUGGCCCACGUGGAGGCCGUGUGCAUCGCAUGGUUCACCAUGGAGUAUCUCCUUCGCUUCCUGUCCUCUCCGAACAAGUGGAAGUUCUUCAAAGGCCCGCUGAAUGUUAUUGACUUACUGGCCAUUCUGCCGUACUACGUCACCAUAUUCCUCACAGAGUCCAACAAGAGUGUGCUGCAGUUCCAAAACGUGCGUCGCGUGGUGCAGAUAUUCAGGAUCAUGAGAAUAUUGAGGAUCCUGAAGCUCGCCAGGCACUCCACGGGGCUGCAGUCUCUAGGGUUCACUUUGAGAAGGAGCUACAACGAACUCGGUCUGCUUAUAUUAUUUCUGGCCAUGGGCAUCAUGAUAUUUUCCAGCUUGGUCUUCUUUGCUGAAAAAGAUGAGGACGCCACCAAAUUCACCAGUAUUCCUGCCUCAUUCUGGUGGGCCACCAUUACCAUGACUACAGUAGGCUAUGGUGAUAUUUACCCACAAACCUUGCUUGGAAAGAUUGUGGGAGGACUAUGCUGCAUUGCAGGAGUGCUGGUCAUAGCCCUACCCAUCCCCAUCAUCGUCAACAACUUCUCCGAGUUCUAUAAAGAGCAGAAGAGACAGGAGAAGGCCAUCAAGAGGAGGGAGGCACUGGAGAGAGCCAAGAGGAAUGGCAGCAUCGUGUCAAUGAACCUAAAAGAUGCGUUUGCUCGAAGUAUGGAACUCAUGGAUGUGGUAGUAGAGAAGGGAGAGGAUAAGCCGUCCCUUGACAACCACCUGACCCCGAGUCGUUGGGGCGGCUCAACCGGGCACGCGUCCUCAGAAAGCAAUCUGCGAUCACCGGAUAAAAGAAACCCAGAGUUCCUAUCGCAAUGCUCCCCCCAUCGUAUAACCAUCAACACCACUGGAAGUCCACGGCAGAUAAGCAGGACCCCGCAGCACCUCAGUGUCCAGAAACUGGAGGAGAUGUACAACCAAAUGACCAGGUCGCAGUCCUUCACCAAUCUCAACACCAUGAGCUCCAUGAGCACUCUGAGCACAACUAUGACGGCCCCCGGCUCACCGAAGAAAUCCGUCAGCACUGAAUCCACGCUGAAGGAAGGCGUGCAGCUGGAGAUGAAGGAAGUCCAGCCCUCUUCAGGAGAUACGGUUGCCAGCUGUUCAGCAGAUUUCCCAAAGCAGGGUUCCAACUCGGGGGAGAAGUACGCCGGGCCGUGUCAGAUCAGACACCCCAAAGCCCCACCUUUUCUAGAUCUGAGCCAGCUGAGGAGCAGCGAUGGCCAGAGCUCUCCUGGUGACGUAUUAAAAGAGGACUUCUAUGAAUCUGUUAACCCGCGUGAAGCAUCAGAGUUACAUAACAGUGCUGUGGAGAAUAUCCGGAGCUCUCUAACAGGAAAUAACCCUCUAAAAGUGAAAGGGUUAAAGGUCAACUUCACUGAAACCUCCACUGAAGGUCCUCUAACGCCACCUAGCACUACCUCUCCUGGUGACAUCAGCUCCAGCAUCCUGGAGGACGAGUCCCCGGCGGGAGAGCUGUCGCCGCUCAUUCCCGGUUCAGCGGACGACACCUGCAACCUCUCCCCUAAGAGACUGGUGGUAGACACCCCGCCUGGUGACGAGGAUCAAUCCACAGAUAACCAUGAGGAGAAACAUCUGAUGGAGGAGGCCGGUGCCGCAGUUGCACCCUUGUCACCUAAGACAACAGCACAAAAUUGCACCCAAGGUUUGGUUGGGGCAGGUGAGGAGCUGAAGGCUGACAGCAACCAAAGUGGACACAAAGUAGAGAACCACAUGUUUACAACUGAUAUCCACCUGAUACCUGGAGAAGGCAACCUGUCCCCAACCUGUGAAACCAGUAUGUGAAUGUAAGGGAAGUACGGAGUGACAACAGACCUUCUACAACAUCAGCCUGGUGUGUCGGAGAUCAGGACAAAAAAAAAGGGUCACGGGUGCAGUUGCUGUGAAAGAUAUCCUUGCAUGGCAUGACAAGUCUCUUUUACUUGUGUUGUUGUGUAUUGCUGAAAAAGAAACUGCAGUGCUUUGUGCAGAUUUAUGAAUGACUUUGGAGGAAAGCACGAUCUCAAAGAGGAAGAGGAGGCUCUGAAAAUACAACAAAUUCAUCAACUAAUGUAGACACAGGUUCUCUCAGUGUACAUAAUGACUGUCUCCUUUUCUAGCAAGAGAGGUAAAUGCACAGAGGGACUCAUCUGUAAAAAAGCAUGCAUUCAAAACAGACUGAUAUUUAACGGUGCUUAGUCUGCUGAAAGCGCUCCACUGUAUAUACUCGGACAUGUCAGGCAAUGACAAUGCACAGGAUUGAAAAGGAAAAGUGAAGGUACAAAUAUUUGUAAUGUGAAAAGUAGGGGUGGGGGUUUGAAUCAACAGCCAUCAAACUGGGUGUUGCAUCGUAGCGACUUAUUAAAAAAACAAAACAUAUCAUUAGAAAUGCAAAGUGUUCCCAUUAUGAACCUGUAAUGUUUUUCUGUUUUUCUUACGUAAAAUGGUGUAUGAAUCUGUAACCUUGAUGUCGUUGCUUUGGGUUUUCAUAGCAGCUGUUGAACUUUCAGUUGGAGCAUCCGGUAGUCAGUCUCUGCAUUAAAAACACCUCUAUUCCUCUGAAGGGAAUACACCUGGACUGCAGUUGCCAAACAUGUAUUUAACGAGAUAAGAGUUAUUGGUAAAUAUUCAUCAUGCAGUCUCAGAAUUUAGGACAAGGUUUAAAAUCCAUUUGAUUUCAUCCAAAUCACGGGAAAUUAUCUUAUUUAUUAGAAAUAUCAAUAAAAUAUAUAUAUAUAUAUUUAUAUAUAUAUAUAUACAUUAGUACUUUUAAGAAUGAAUAACGGAUAUGUAGGCUUCUAUUGGCAGUAGAAAAUGUUUAAAGUAGCUAAGUGAGAUCCUUUGAAAUUCAGCACAGUGCAUCUGUUCAGUAAUACAGAUACCUGCUUUAUUGUUAGUAUCUACUCUGGCAAAUGAGAUGGGAUAGACUAUCACAUAAAUGACAAUAUUCCUCCCGAUAUCAGUGGACCAAACGAAGCACACUUACAAGCUUCCAUCAGUCUCAGCUGCAUCAUAACAUAUAUGGUAACAACAUGUAUCAUGACAGUAGUUAUGUUUGUUCCUUACGGUUUGUUUACCUGCAUCGUGUUAAAUUGUGUGCUGUACUCUUGUGUCCCGAUGUCAUUUUUCCCAUACUACUGCAACUUUACCCAAUCCUGCUGAUUAUAUGGCUUUCUUUUAUUUUAUUUUAUUUUUUCCAUCAUAUAACUGUGGUGUCCUGGACUGUAAUUUAUUGGGUUUCUUUUUUUUUUUUUUUUUUUUUUUGUGAAGCAAAACUAUUUUCAGUCAAACUUUAACCCAAAGGAGUAAUUAUUUAUUGUCUUCUCUAUUAUUUUCUCUGUAUCAAUACUGACUGAAAAUAUCUGUUGUAUGUUGCCUUUGAUUCCAAUUUAUCGCUGGAAUAUUUGUUCACUGUCUCGGCGUGACUCUUAUCUGAGCAUGCUCAGAGGGUGUUUGUGAAAGCCGCACAAACCAGAAUGGUAAUUAUAGAAAGAACAUGGCUGAGUUAGUUGUUUGUUUUAUUGUUUUUGUUAUUAUUAUCAUGUCUUUUUUUUUCACUGAGAGAUGUGGAAUGUGCAAUACAGCAUACUGCAAUCUAUGCAGGCCAAGAAUUGUGGCACUUUAUUUUAUGUCUAUGGGAAUUUGUACAGGCAGAAAUUACUUGUAUUUUUCAAAUCUUAUAUCUUUAAUAUGAGGUUAAACAGUGUUACAGCUACCAGAAUCUCACAAACAAUGCAAAUAAGAAUUUGACUUUUACUUUUUCGUAUAACAAGGCUGGCAAAAAUGCUGCUAAGCUCCAUCAUGCCAGGUAUGGAUGGACUUCAGAUUUAAUUACCUGCGGAAAUAGGAAACCAAAUUGACCACCAGGACUUUUAUAUUGUUGUUAGAUUUGCAUAAAUAUCUAAAAAAUGUCUGUGGAAGAUAACAUGAUCUAACUUCAUUGGCCGCAAGCAAAGGGUUUUGUGUUUUUUGUGAAGUGAUGCUGAGAGUGAUUCUAUAUUUUCUAAACCAAAAUGGAGCACGACCACAAUUUCCUGCCAUACGGUGGUUGAAAUCAUGCGUGCCUUUUCAUAAAACUGCUGUUUAUGAGAAGGUAGCAAGUCAUUUUGCUUUGUUCAUAUAGCACUGUACAGAAAAUUCUAAUUUUAUAGGAGAAAUCAGGUCUUUAUGUAAUAGAUACAAGUAAUGUUAUUGAGUUCUCAGGUUUUCUAUAACUCUCUGACGCUUUCAUUGGAUAGAUUAUCUGUUUUUUCUUUAACAGCUUACAUCAACAAGCUAUUUCUGUGUUGAAAGACGUUGUUAAAUCCACAUUGAUGUCUUGCUUCUUGGAGUAAGGACCCACAGUAUAUGUCCCUCCUUAUGGGUAAAUCAGUGUACAACAUUCAGGAUUCACCCACACCAGGCUCACCCACUGACAUGUGAUUCGUUCAUUAGACCAUUCAUUCCUAUGGGAACCUCUUUAAUCGCUGAAGUAGUAGCAAAUUCCCUUCCUUCCUGUGUUUUUCCAAACAUUUGCCUCACCUAUUGAAAAAUGUUACUCUUUAGGUUCAUCUUGGAGAGAAUGUGCCACCACUGGAUUGUUACCAACAACUAGCGACUUCGAAAUUGAAUAAGCUACAAAUGAAGGCUGUUGGAAAAUAGCGAAUAAGUUACUGUGCUUCUUUUCUGGCUACAAGUUUAUGCUGUUAUGAGAAUAGCUUAUCUUCAAUGGCAGCAACAAGUUGGUGUAAUCGGUGUGAGCAUCAUUAGCCUUAGCAUCAAACCAUGCCAAUAAAAUGGUAUCAGAGUUCAUCAGAGACCAUGUUGGACUGGGACUGAUGGGGAGCAUGUUAUGGAUUUCAACUCAGUGCUAAAGCUAACAACAAUAACAUUCAAUUCAAUUCAAUUUUAUUUAUAUAGCGUCUAAUACAAUAAAAGUUGUCUCUAGGCGCUUUCCAGAGACCCAUACCCAGAACAUGACCCCCGAGCAGUUAUUACAUAAACAAUGGCAGGUAAAAACUCCCAUAGUGGGAGAAAAGCCUUAAGCCAAACAGUGGCAAGGAAAAACUCCCCUUUAGGAGGGAAGAAACCUUGAGCAGGACCAGGCUCAUAAGGGGGGACCCUCCUGCCGAGGGCCAGACUGGUGGGUCAGGGACAGCAACAGCACAGCAGGCAGGUGGAAGCAGCAACGGGAUGACCAGGGGUGGGGACCGCAGGCCAGCACGCAGCUCCCGAAGCUCCGGCCCAAUCACCACAUUGUUAAUGCCACCUCAUUGCUGCCAUGGCUGAGAAACAUAUUCUUUAGUUUCUAACACCCUCCACUUCACAGUUUCACUACAUCGUCAAACAACUUGAAGUAUUCAUUUUUUGUUUUCAAAACACGUAAUGCAAAUAAAAUGUUUUUUUUUAAUCAUUGAAAAGCAGCUAGGUGAGAAAUGUACAGGUUCUCAUAGGAAUUAGUGGACUGACACCUAUCACACGAGUGUAAAAAAGUAAAUUAAAUCAAGGUGUAAAGAACUGCGCUCUCUUGUGUUGAACACCAACAGACAUGUUACGAAAAGGGCAAGUGGAAAGGAGGCAUUAAAGCAGUGAGCCGGAUCACAGUGAGGAAGAGGACUCUGCUGUCCCGGCGCGGACCGUCUGGAUCACACCACCAAGACCACCAACACCACCAAGACCACCAAGACCGCCAUUCCCUGCAACUUCAGAGACUCAAACCGUUGAUCAGUGGGUAAAAAGGAAAGAUGGAUGAGAAAAGAAGCACUGUCCUCCCAAACGGUUACAUUUCAUCCGUGAUCAUUUGUGGUCCAUACUUUAUUUUUUCUUCCUGUGUACAUACAGUCUAUGGUACAUACUGUAUGCCUGAAGUAGCAUAAUGUUCCUCAGUAAUCAGACAUUCACAUUAGGCCCCAUGAAGUCAUCUUUGUGAAGUGGCCGAUCCCUUACCGAAAACCCGUAUUCUUGGGUACUCUCCGACAUUACAGUACAUGGGGGAUCAGUGAUGGUUUGUUGUUUAGAUUUUCAUGUUUUUUUUGUUUUUUUUAUCAGAAAAAAAAUGAAGGGAGUUUAGAUGAUUUUCUCUACCUGUACAUUCAGUUUUUCAUCCCUCGUUUGUAGUAAUCAUGUUUCCAUGUUAGCCUUCAGUAAUCCUUCAUUUUGACAGAUACGGUAGAGAAACAAGGGAGUUCGGAUUGGUCAGCUAUAUCCCUUUGGGAUGAAGUUUGUGUGGAAAUGAAUUCUGUGAGCUGAAAGCAAAAGGACCGCGGUGUCUUACUGUCUCACGGUGGCAUAUUCAUCUGUGAUACUGUACAGAGUGGAACUGUUGUGUCUUUAUUUUCUAUGAGAGAAUGUAUAUUGUCUGUGUUGCUCAUUCGUGCUUCCCAACACCCUCUCCUUGAUAAAGCAGCAUCGUUUGUUCCUAUGUCUCUGUAUAUUCUGCCUCUUAAACCUGUAUUUUGAUUUCUUUGUUUUCUCUGUUUGGCUAUGAGACAUUAUCGUUAGACACAUUCUGAGCUACAGACUGUUUCUGUACAAAGCAACAUCUUUGUAUGCAUGUAGUAGUCUGAGCAAUUAUGUGACCACAGAACACUAUGGUACACGUAUGUCAACAUUUCUGUAGCGCAUUGUUCCCCAUUACAUCUAUUAGCAUUAUGCAGAAUAACAAAUAAAUGUGUAAA